UAUCCUGAGCUGAACGUGUCGCCGGGGGGUGUAAACGGCAACGCGGACGACAAUGUCGGAAAAUCUCCCCGUGAUUGACUAUGUGUUAAUCUACGAAUAUGAGGUUGGACGCAGUGAUCCUUAUGCCGCGCAGAGGAUGGAGUUUCUGAGAGAGGUGCAGAACACCGGGCUGCAGUUAGAGCUCAAUAUAUCCAGGGAGGACUGGGAGAUAGAAGCGGAGACUCAGCGGAAAGUAGCCAAAGACAAGUAUCGAAUUGUUAAAAUCUAUGCUCCCUUUGAGCUCUUAAGCCAAACAGCUGAGAGGAUGAGAUUGAAGAUGCCUUUGGCAGAGGGUGUUGAUGUGAAAUUGCCUGGGCGCUUACAGAGAUUCAUGGCUCGUUUCGCAACUGAAGUCGUGGUCAACUUUAUCAGUGCACACUAUGAACACAACAAAAGGCAUCUAUUCCGAGGAUGUGAAAAUGAGGAAACAUUUUUUCGCCCUGCCCUGCGAUCUCUAAUUGUUCACUACAUCCUCACAAACAUACCCAUAGAUAUUAAGGCUGCUGAUGCAGGAGUAGUAACACGCAAGGUUAGAGGAAAAAUUCCAGCUCUGCCAUACUUAGUUAUGAAGAAGGCAUUUAAAGCUGCUUUUAUACUGCAUGACUUGAAACUAUGUGAAUUUGAUGUGGCAUCCAGUCAAUCGUCGCAACAAGACAGCGGUGAUACCAAACCAACCACACCUCCUAUGGAUGAAUGGACAGUGCUUAAUAACUUGUGGGCAAACACCUAUCUAAAAUUCCAGCCCCUCUGGAAAAUACGCAAUUACUUUGGUGAAAAAAUCGCACUUUACUUUGCCGUGAUGGAAACACUUUUAAUUAGUCUCAUUAUCCCUGUGCUCCUUGGCUUGGGCAUUUUCAUUUAUGGCCUUUAUAGCAGUAUAUCCUGUUACAAUGGCAGCAACAAUCUCGAUGAGUUUUUGCGUGGACAUGAUUUCAAUGAUGUCUGCUUAUCUUCAAACUCGAUCGCAGUAGUGGUAGACCAGGCUGUGAAUAGAAUUCGGGAUGUAUGUAAUAAUAUUGCUGGAAGGAAAAUUAUAAUUGAAAAAGCACUUAAUACAACGUGUACUGAUAAGAACUGGAAAAAUGCAAAUUUUCAGAUUUCUUCUGGUGAUUUCUUUACUGUGAUCCAAGCUUCCUUUGAUAAUGAAGCAACACCCUGGUUUGGUCUCAUUGUUUGUCUGUGGGGAACAGUUUUUUUGGAAAUGUGGAAAAGGAUUAAUGCAAAACUAGUUUAUGAAUGGGAUGUUGACAACUUUGAAAACGAUGAGCCACCCAGACCUGAGUUUUAUGGAACAAAUGUUAAAAAGGACCCAGUAACAACUGAAUUUGAACCUUACUACCCAGGUACUCUGCGACGUACAAAAAUGCUAUUUUCAUUUUUUGUGGGGAUUCUCAUGGUUUGCUGUGUAUUCGCCAGUCUUAUUGCAGUGGUUAUAUACAAAACAUGGGCAAGGCUUAGAAUAACAACUUCCAACUCUAUAGAGAGUUUUCUGUUAACAACAGUUGGUGCUUCACUCCUCAAUGUAGUAUCUAUUAUAAUUCUGGGAAAGGUAUAUCAUAUAAUUGCAGUUAAAAUGACAGAUUGGGAAAACCAUAGGACUCAGACCAACUACAAUGAUGCUUUGAUAUUAAAGUUGUUUGCCUUCCACUUUGCCAAUAGUUACUCCUCUCUGUUUUACAUUGCAUUUCUGAGAAAGAGCAAUCAGAAAUUCUUUCAAUUAAUUGGACUGACUGAUUUUGAAGAUAAUUGUAGCGUGCUGAACAAUUGUAUGUCAGAGCUUGGUGUACAAGUUGUUAUACUCAUGAUCUUCAAACUAUUUCCAAAACUCUUCACGGAUAUCUUCAUACCGUAA